GAGCUCUUUUGCUUAACCGUCAUUACCGGACAACCACGAAGACUGAGGCGGGAAAGGACUGAAAUACAAGGAACAAAAUAUGUAGCCUAAACAAUCGUUUUGAUAAGUCGAAAUAUAAAAUUACCUCGACACAAUGUUUUGCCGGUAGUGCCGUACUACUAUUUGUCAACGCGUGGAACUACAAAUCCCAGCACACCUCGGGAACAGAGCACGGAACUCCGCAGUAUGUGGGAAGCUCUUCCGGGGGACAAGCGAGAGUGAAGCACCGCUGACUUGUUUGAUUUUAUCAGCAACGCGAAUGUGACGUGGUUUGUUAUGAUACACGGAGCUGGACUGGAAAAACAACACCGGGCCUGGUUAUAAGUCCAUAUUUAUUAUUAUUUAGCUGUUAAGGGAACGUUUUAUUCAUUUUUAUACUGUAGCUCUGUAAAAACAAAAUGAACGUCACACAGGCAGUGAAGCAGUAUGUGUCGAAAAUGAUCGAAAGCAGCGGGCCGGGGAUGAAGGUUCUGGUGAUGGAUAAAGAGACGACCAGUAUAGUGAGCAUGGUGUACACACAGUCAGAGAUUCUGCAGAAGGAGGUGUACCUCUUCGAACGCAUUGACUCCCAGAGCAGAGAAAACAUGAAGCACCUCAAAGCGAUCUGUUUCCUACGACCGACCAAGGAUAAUGUUGAAUACUUGAUCCAGGAGCUCCGCAGACCAAAAUACAGCGUCUACUUCAUCUGUGAGUAUUCACUUUGAUGUAAUUAUUAUUUUUAAUUUGUUUUUACUGCACAGGCAAAAUGUACAUCCUCUGCUGCUUUGCGGUCUCUUAGUUUGUCUGUGCAGGGUGAUGUCACUCGUGUGUGUAGCGCUUGUUUGUGUUUGUGUUCCCUGCAGGGUCGAGCCUGGGACCCCGCCCUCCUCUCUCGCACCACCCAGGGACUGACCUCCGUGCUGCUGGCUCUCAAGAAGUGCCCAAUGAUCCGCUACCAGCACUCCUCAGACAUGGCGAAGAGACUGGCCGAGAGCGUCAAGCAAAUCAUCACCAAGGAGUACGAGCUCUUUGAUUUCCGCAAGACGGAGGUGCCUCCUCUGCUCCUGAUUGUGGACCGCAGUGAUGAUGCCGUCACCCCCUUACUGAACCAGUGGACAUAUCAGGCGAUGGUCCACGAGCUGCUGGGACUGAACAACAACCGGAUUGAUCUGUCCCGAGUCCCGGGGGUCAGCAAGGAGCUGCGCGAGGUGGUGCUGAGCGCAGAGAGUGACGACUUCUACGCCAGUAACCUAUACCUGAAUUUCGGGGAGAUCGGCACCAACAUUAAGAACCUGAUGGAGGAUUUUCAGAAGAAGAAACCCAAAGGACAGCAGAAGCUGGAGUCCAUCGCAGACAUGAAGGCGUUUGUGGAUAACUACCCUCAGUUUAAGAAGAUGUCCGGGACGGUGUCCAAGCACGUGACGGUGGUGGGGGAGCUGUCCCGGCUGGUCAGCGAGCGCAGCCUGAUGGAGGUGUCCGAGCUGGAGCAGGAGCUGGCCUGCCAGAGUGACCACUCCAGUGCACAGCAGAACGUGAGCAGGCUGCUCCAGAACCCCAAGUUGAGCGAGCUGGACGCGGCCCGGCUGGUCAUGCUGUACGCACUGCGCUACGAGAAGCACAGCAGCAACAACCUGCCGGCUCUCAUGAAGGAGCUGCACAGGAAGGGGGUCUCAGAGUCCUACGGGAGGAUGGUGCAGGCAGUGGUGGAGUAUGGAGGGAAGAGAGUGAGAGGAACUGACCUCAUCAACCCGAACGACGCGGUGGCAAUCACCAAGCAAUUCUUCAAAGGGCUGAAGGGGGUGGAGAACGUGUACACACAGCACCAGCCUCUUCUACAGGAGACCUUGGACCAGCUGAUCAAAGGCAGACUGAAGGACAGCCAGUACCCCUACCUGGGACCCAGCACACUGCGGGACAGGCCGCAGGAUAUCGUUGUGUUUAUAAUCGGAGGUGCGACGUACGAAGAGGCGCAGAGUGUGUACAGCCUGAACCGCAGCACCCCCGGGGUCCGAGUCGUUCUGGGAGGAACCACCAUCCACAACACCAAAAGGUGAGGGAGGCACUGCUGGGCACCU